AUUUCCCUCCUUUAUUCCUUCGUUUUCGCGCAGUGCUUUUUUACCUUUCCAUGGCUUUUCGAAUCACAUAGUCUAGUCAUACCACCCAAAAACACACCAAAUACUCAACAACCCUAGCACGCCACCGUAUAUGGCGACGACACGAUCCGCGCCACUCCUCAAACACCUCCUGGCCCGCCUGAAUCCGGCCCGAUCCGUCACAUACAUGCCUCGGCCCGGCGACGGCACCCCGCGGGCGGUGACGCUGAUCCCGGGCGACGGGAUCGGUCCGCUGGUGACCGGCGCAGUGGAGCAGGUUAUGGAUGCGAUGCAUGCGCCAGUGUACUUCGAGAAGUAUGAGGUGUACGGCGACAUGAAGGCGGUGCCGGCGGAGGUGCUGGAUUCGAUUAGGAAGAAUAAGGUGUGUUUGAAGGGAGGGCUGGCAACGCCUAUGGGCGGCGGUGUGAGCUCGCUGAACGUGCAGCUGAGGAAGGAGCUUGAUCUCUACGCUUCGCUUGUUAACUGCUUCAACCUCCCUGGCCUUCCCACGCGCCACGAGAACGUUGACAUCGUUGUCAUCAGAGAAAACACAGAGGGCGAGUACUCCGGCCUCGAACACGAGGUUGUUCCCGGCGUCGUCGAAAGCCUCAAGGUAAUAACAAAGUUCUGUUCAGAGCGCAUUGCCAAAUAUGCUUUCGAGUAUGCUUACCUAAAUAAUAGAAAGAAGGUGACUGCUGUGCACAAAGCAAACAUUAUGAAACUUGCAGAUGGUUUAUUCUUGGAAUCUUGUCGAGAGGUUGCCACAAGGUAUCCCGGUAUCAAGUAUAAUGAAAUCAUUGUAGACAACUGCUGCAUGCAGCUUGUUUCAAAGCCUGAGCAGUUUGAUGUCAUGGUAACCCCCAAUCUUUAUGGGAAUCUUGUCGCAAAUACAGCGGCAGGUAUUGCUGGAGGUACCGGAGUCAUGCCGGGAGGUAAUGUGGGGGCUGAUCACGCUGUGUUUGAACAAGGUGCUUCAGCAGGAAAUGUUGGUAAUGAGAAAGUAGUAGAACAACAGAAAGCCAACCCAGUGGCACUCCUUCUUUCGUCGGCCAUGAUGCUUCGACAUCUUCAGUUUCCUGCAUUUGCUGACCGAUUGGAAACUGCCGUUAAAAAGGUGAUUUUGGAGGGUAAAUAUCGGACGAAGGACCUUGGAGGCACAAGCACCACACAAGAGGUAGUUGAAGCAGUGAUAAAUGCUUUAGAUUGAUUCAUUUAUUCGCUCAUCUUCCAAAUCAAGCCAGCCUCGUAUAUUUUUGGCUAACUAAUUUUAGCAGCAUUUAUUUGGCACCCUUUAAACUCGAAGUUGCCAAAUUUUUGGUCUUGAAUAAUGAUAAUUACUCAACACAGAAAACGAUACGAUAAGAAUUUAAUUAUAGAAUGUGA